UGCACUGACCGAGUCAUCAUAUAACUCGAAUACACCAGUCAGCAGUGUAAAGCAAGAAAGAGAGCCGAGAAGACAAAGUUCGAUCAUGGUGACCAAGUCUACGCGAACAAUUUAAAACCACUUUUUUUGCGUGUAAAUUUGGCAGUUUAAAGCUUGUACCUCUCCCGGAAUAAUGGUCCAAAUUUAGGCCCGGCAACAAUGCAGCAGCUUGCAAACCGCUAUUGCAGCAGCAACACCAACUGAUAGAAACAAGCGAAAAUCGCACCAGCAUUAGGGUCACAUCCGGCGCAUCCGUGUCCGGAGCAAACGCACCGUUUCCUGUUCCGUGCAAUCGAGGCAUAAGAUGUCCAAUUCCGUCUGCGACGAGCAGAAGCAGCAGCCGCAUUCAAGCUCGAUCCCCGCAGCUUCAGCUACUGAGCUUUCGUCAUCGGCGUCGGCAGCACAGCCACCAGAGGCAGUAGACUCACCGGCAAUCAUUGAAACAACCUCGUUGGAAGGGCACGCCAAGCCUCCACUGGCAACCGGCGAGGACGAUUCCACUAUAAGUAGUAGCACAAAUUCAGCCAACAUUCCAGCGGUCACCGUGACUGCAAUCGAUAAUCGUCCGGUGGUCGCAUCUACGGCAACUGCGGUUCAGCAACCGGCACUUCCGGUCGUGGUCGAAAGGCAAACCUCGAUCAGUUCCGCCGAAGGAAGCAUGUCGACCGGAGCUGGAGGUGGUCCUAGUGGUAGCGGCUUUCGGGCUUCUUUCAACGGGCGAGUUCCGUUUGCGAGAAUCCUAUCUACCGGAAGUGGUGGUGCAGGUGGUAGUGGCGAACGACGUGGUGCCAGUGGUGUGGACCCGACGGGACGUGUCUCAGGAAAUCUAAGCAAUAAUCUGUUGAAUGACAUAUUUGCCUUUGUGCAGCAAGCACGCAACCCCAACAGUCUGUUCUCGUCCGAGCGACGAAGUCUGUUCCUGCAGGGAGGUCGCUCUGUUUCUCACAAUGUACCGGGUUCUAGUUCACCGCCGAUAAUCGGCCAUCAUGGUGUCACCGGAAAUCCUACGGAUGUCGUAAUCGACCUGGACAAUGCGACUGGGACGUCGCUGCGAUCGUCCAACAAUGAGAUAUAUCCAAUUUCAACCUCUUCAUCGAUAGCAAGCGGAAUUCGACCAACCUCGUGGGUUCAGAAUAAUGCUGCCGAAGAGGAAAUCGUUGCCGGUCGAUCGUCCAUGAUGCCCAAUUUUAACUAUCACCACCAUCAUCAUCAUUUCCACAAUCAUCAGCCACUCUCCACGGUCCAUCAACACCACACCCAACAAUCCACAACCGGACUGCAAAGCCAACCUUCUUCUCUUGGAACAAUCGGAGGAACGUCCUCAGCCGCUCAGGCCAUGGCCGGUGCCAGUGUUGGAGAUCAGCAACAACCCACGACGCCUACCAAUCCAAAUCCCAACAACGGCACGCGCAGCAACAGUGUCAGCUCCAACCAGCCAAACGACGAAGCCACGGUUCAUGAAGCCUUCAAUCAAAUCCCCGAAGCGCGCGCCAUGAUGGACACCUUCGCCCGCUACAUCCCACUGCUGUUUAUCCUUGUAACAAAACUAUGCUACGACCAUCUAGAUGGAAUCAUCCACUUCUUGGCACUGCUCAUGACCUUCUCCCACGCCAACUGGGUCGUCCGGCAGGAAAUCUCCAAACAAGGCCAGAAAAAAAUCUGGGUGCUACUGCGAGAAAUGAUCUUCAUCUCGGUCGCCUUGGCCGUCGUCGGAUUUGUCCUGGAGCGUAAAAACAUCUUCCUCAGCAUCAUGUUCAUGCCGGACCUAUCGGAACCUCAAAGCCUCAAAUCGCUCCUGUUCUCCGUCUGCAUGUCCGACCUGGUCCUAAAACUGCUUACAAUCGUCGUUAAAAUUGUCAUCACCCUAAUGCCACCUAGCGUUAUCGAGUACAAAAGUCGGGGCAAAAUCUAUCUGAUGGCCGAGUCGCUCUCGCAGCUGUACCGAUCGGCCGCCCCCAUCCAGCCGUGGCUAAUCUUCCUGUUCGAGUCAUACUCCGGCUCGGAGAAGAUCGUCGGCGUGAUCCUGUCGGCGGUCUACAUGGUGGCCAAGUCGUCGGACCUGCUCGAUCGGAUCAAGUUCUGCAAACGGUCCGUCAUCAAGCUGCUACAAAAGACGAGCUACGGAACGAUCCCGUCGAAGGAGCAGCUGCAGGCUUGCGGUGGCCAGUGCCCAAUCUGUCACGACAAUUUCAACAGUCCCGUGCUGCUCGAGUGUAAUCACAUCUUCUGCGAGCUGUGCGUGGGCACCUGGUUCGAUCGGGAGCAAACGUGUCCGCUGUGCCGGGCCAAGAUCGUGGACGAUCCGUCCUAUCGGGAUGGAGCGACCACGUUCUUCCUGCAGCUCUACUAGAAACAAAAAGAACCCAAGUCGACUAGACUUAGACGAGUGUCAUCUUGUGUUUAUGUUUGAUGAUUCUGUGUUUUUUGUCAAUGCUUGCUGGGACGACGAUGACGAGUGUGAAAGUGCGUGUAUCAAGUGUGCGCAGCCUACUGCGCGAUUGUUUUUUUGGCACGUGGAAUAUGUGAUUUGAUUGGAAGCUCAAAAUUUACAGCUUCUCGCAUGCGAAAGGACGAGAGUGGGGUUGCGCAAGGGAUAACCUUCUUGGGGUUUAAUGCAGAGUUGAUUUGUAAAAAAAUAACAAUAAACAAAUUUUAUAUAGUUUAACAAACAUUCAACACAAAGCAUAUUAUUCCAAAAAAAAAACAGUGUUACAGAAAAAAAAGAAAUCACAGGUUUAUAUUAUAGUGACAAGCAAGUUUUCUUUUGUGUUAACAAAAAUAUCAUAUUAAGCUACUAUAGCAGGAAAAGCGACUAAGAAUGUUGAAAAAGGAACGCGCGAGUGUGUACGUGUGGGUGCGUGAAUGUGAGUCAACGACUGUUUUAAUAAGGACGUGCGCGCGAACGGACAAAGAAACAGAAGAAACGUUUGUGAACGACAUGUGAAUUGCUGUGACAGUGCGGUGAAGAAAAUAACAGCAAACAUAACAAGUUAAAGGAAAACUAAAAUCUAUGAGUAACAAUAUGUUUAUUAUUUUGCAAAUAAAAGAAAAUAUUAAUAGUUUCGAUAUUGUUAGCUAUGAA